AUGUUUAAAACAGGUAUCAGAAUCAGACCAUAUGUAUCUAUAGUCAACAAUGUCAAUAGAAGAACAUUCACUUAUACCACUCCUAGGUACUUCUUCGACAAGGCACCUUCAGCUGAACAGCAAGAACAAGCAUUCACAAAGGUAAAGAAGAUAUUGUCAGAGAACCCAGAAUUAAUGCAAUUGACGGUCGAAUUUAAGGAACUAUUGAGCAAAAAGGGGCUUUUGUCUUCAGGAAAGCCCUCCAUUUCUCAAAUGAUGAAGCUUUUGGCUGAUAAGGAAGUGAGAGAACAUGGCGCCAAGUUGAAGAAUUUCUUGGACUCUAAAGAAACUGGAUUGACGCAAGAGGAGUUAGCAACCUUGACUGGUGCAUACAUGUUCCAAAAUAAAGAUCUUAAAUAG